AUGCGACAACGCAAUUGUGGCGCGGAAGAAAAGGACGACAUGCCUCAUUUACCCAAGCACUUUUUAUUUCCACUUGCACUCAACAGAGGUCGUCGGCCAAUCAACGUACUCUGUUUCGCCUGCUCCGCAUUGGCCGGUUUGAAUAGAGAGCAGUUUUUGAAAAAUAACAAAAGCGGGAAUUUGGCGGUGCCAAGAGUACCGAGCCAAGCGGAUAACACGUCACUUGAGACCUUCACGACGCUUCAGAAAGAGAGCUGUCACAGGCUGGAGUAUCUCGUAGAACGGCAAAAGCAACUGUGUUUGCUGUCUGAUAGAGUACUGCAGGUACUGCAGACCGGGGCUAGCCAAGCUGUGGAAGAGUGUCAACAUCAAUUUCGACACAGCCGAUGGAAUUGCAGUACUGUUGCUAAUUCCACCGACAUCUUUGGGGGAGUCCUUAAAUUUAAAUCUCGAGAAUCUGCUUUCGUGCAUGCGCUGUCGUCAGCGGCGUUGGCGCACGCGGUGGCACGUGCUUGCAGCCGCGGCGAGCUGAACGAAUGCUCGUGUGAUGCCAGAGUUAGGAAACGGACGCCUAGACAUUGGCAAUGGGGUGGUUGUUCCGAGGACAUAAGAUAUGGUGAAGUAUUUAGCCGGGACUUCGUGGACGCUAAAGAAGAUAAAAACACGGACGAGGGACUGAUGAAUCUUCACAACAAUGAAGCGGGGCGAAGGGCGGUGCGUAGUCGCAUGCAACGCGUGUGCAAGUGCCACGGCAUGUCGGGCUCGUGCUCCGUGCGCGUGUGCUGGCGUCGCUUGCCGCAGCUCCGCCUGGUCGGCGACGCACUCACCAAUAGAUAUGAGGGCGCAUCACAUGUUAAGGUAGUAGACCGUAAACGAGGCAAAAAUAUAAGAAAGCUGCGGCCAAUACAUGCUGACAUGAAAAAACCAAAUAAAACUGAUUUGGUAUAUUUGGAAGAAUCUCCCGACUACUGUGAACCCAAUGACGAAUUGGGUAUUCUUGGUACGCGAGGUCGAACAUGCAACAGAACAUCAGCGGGUCUCGACGGUUGUCGUCUUCUUUGUUGUGGUCGUGGAUACCAGACUCGAGUUCAAGAUCACGAGGAGAAAUGCCGAUGCCGAUUCGUUUGGUGCUGUCGAGUACAUUGCGAGAUUUGUCGAUAUAAGCGAGACCAUCAUGUCUGCAAUUAG